CAGUCAUUCGAAGAACAAGAUGGCGGCCUCUGGUGACGUGGACGAACUCUUUGACAUUAAAAACCAUUUCUUUAUAGGAAAUUACCAAGCAUGUAUAAACGAAGCACAGAAAAAGCAGCCAUCAACAAGAGAACUUAUAAUUGAAAAAGACAUUUAUAUGUACAGAGCCUACACAGCACAGGGUAAAUAUGGAGUUGUAUUAGAUGAAAUUUCACAGCUAUCACCUCCUGAAGUCCAGCCAGUUCGAAUACUCGCAGAUUACCUUCAGAAUACCAAGAAAAGGGCAGCAAUUGUUGAUUCAAUAGAGAAAAGGCUCACUUCGUCCAGCGAUAUCAAUGACUACUAUUUGUUAAUGGCUGCAUCAAUCUAUGUACAUGAAAAGAGCUAUGAUUUGGCACUAAGAUGUCUUCACCAGUCAGAAUCACUAGAAUGUUCUGCCCUUUGUGUGCAAAUCUUUAUAGCAAUGAAUAGAAUAGAUCUUGCCAAAAAAGAAGUUAAAAAGAUGCAGGAGAUAGAUGAUGAUGCUACCUUGACUCAGCUAGCCCUUGCAUGGUUUAAUAUGGCUGUUGGUGGAGAAAAAUUGCAAGAUGCUUAUUACAUAUUUCAAGAAAUGGCAGAUAAGUACACUCCUACWGUAAUGUUACUCAAUGGACARGCAGCAGCCUAUAUGCACCAGGGAAAGUAUGAAGAUGCUGAAAGUUUCUUGCAAGAAGCCUUGGAAAAGGACAGCAAGAAUGCAGAAACACUUAUAAACCUUAUUGUGGUAUCUCAGCAUCUCGGCAAAACACCUGAGGUCAGUARUCGUUUAAUAUCCCAGUUGAAAGACGGCCAUCCUGACCACCCAUUUACUUGUGAUUACACCAACAAGGAGCAAGAGUUCGGUCGCUUAGCUGAACAAUAUGCAGCAGCAUGAACACAUGGACUCUCAAUCAUAAAUACUUACCUUAACCAAACUAGUUAUCAAUAGUUACAUAAUGUAUUAAGAGCAUAGAAAUACUACAUACAAUAAAUGACUUAAAAUUCCAGACCAAUUAUCAACAGCUGAACGUGGUGAUGAUCUUGAUCAGGACAAGGAAGUAAAUUUAUGCUUCAUUUCGAUAUUUGUCAUUACCAUGGUGAACUUCUACUCAAAGAUCUGUAUGUUUUAUUGAAAAAUAAACUUUUAAAAUCGCUGGACAGUUUUGUUGGAGUAAACAAGAUUAAUCUGUGAAAUAAUAAAAAAUCUAUAUGACACAAAA